AUGACGGCGGCGAGAAAGGCGGCGGAGGCCGCCGGAAAGGCAGUCCAGGAGGAGGUUCGGCGGUGGGGGGGCAUGAAGCAAACGGGGGUGAGCCUGCGCUACAUGAUGGAGUUCGGCUCCCGGCCGACCGACCGCAACCUGCUUCUGUCGGCGCAGUUCCUGCACAAGGAGCUACCCAUCCGCAUCGCUCGCCGCGCGAUCGAGCUCGAGAGCCUGCCCUUUGGCCUCUCCGAGAAGCCGGCAGUCCUCAAGGUGUGCUGCUGCUAGAAUCUCCCGGAGAUCCUCAUCUCGUCCCCCCUGUGCAUUUGAUUCUCCAGUGUCCUUGAGUUUUCCGCUGGCUCUCUGGUUGGUUUUAUAAUUAUCAAGAGUUAAUUUAUGAGUCUGAUCUGCCAAAUUUUUGCGUGCAUGUGGAGGUCUCUUGACAUUUUUCCACAUGAUUUUCGUCCUGGUGAUUGAAUUGGCUUCGUAAUUUCUUGGAAUCAUCUCUUAAUAUGGAAGCCCCCGAGAGCCGUCAUGACGAGUCUUAGAUCGGGUUCCUACGCCCUUUCAACGUCCCCCCUUUCUUUCUUUUUUUCUGCUAUCGUUCUUACGUAGAUGUUGAGUUCUAGAACUUUUCAUGGCGAACGCUGCAGGGUUUUUCGAUUACGAAUUGAAUUUGCUUCCUGGAAAUGGAGAUAAUGAAAUUAAUUCAGCCUAUGAUUCAUCAUUGGCCGCAUGAACCCGGCUUACUCCUCUUCAUUCUGCCUUUGAUGCCUGAAGGUGAGGGACUGGUACCUGGACUCCUUCCGCGAUCUCCGAUCCUUUCCAGAGAUAAAAGGCAAUGGUGACGAGCUGGCUUUCACGAAGAUGAUCAAGAUGAUCAAGGUGAGGCACAACAACGUGGUGCCCGCCAUGGCGCUGGGUGUUCAGCAGCUGAAGAAGGAUCUGAACCCUAAGGUUGCCCGCAGCGAUCUUGAAGAAAUUCACGAAUUUCUUGAUCGGUUUUACAUGUCCAGAAUCGGGAUCCGUAUGCUUAUAGGUCAGUCAACGUUUUCUUCCUCUGCCCAUAAACUCUGGUGGGAUCGCCAGAUCAUCGACGUAGAGCCUUUGCAUGGAUUUUAUUGUCUGAUGUGAUCUUGAACGUGGAUUUAUGACCUGGAUCUGAGACGACCUGAGUCAAGAUGACUUGCUACUGAGUCACCACAGUCUGACUCGAUUUUUGUACUUGCCCUCACAAGCGCUCCUUGGGUUUUCAUGGCAUUGAUCUUAUGUGUUGAGAUCAUCCCAAUCUUACUCAUAUAAAGUUUUUGAUUUGGAACAUAUAGUUUUAUGAUUUUUUUCGAACGUGGGUAUGAAAAAGUCUGAUUUCAUCUGGUUUGACUUAUUAUUAGUCGCAACAGAGUUAAUGCAAUCUAGUCUCGUUCUUCAACUAUUCGAAUCAGGAUGAGUACAGUUUUUAAAAAAAAACCUUGUGAAAUUACACUGUUCUAAGGUUAUGCUUUGAACAUGGGAGUGUAUAAGUCUGUCAGAUUUCAGCUUGUUUGAGCUUACUGUGAGUCACAACCGAGUUCAAUGCAGUUCAACUAGUUCUUCACAUUCUCGAGUCAGAUCAGUAUCAGUACAUUCUUGUGUGGCGUCUGACCAAAUCUCAUAUACGCAUGGAUCUAUAUAUAAGUAUGAUUUCAGCUGAUCUGUCUGACGAUGAGUCACAACCUGAGUCAACUCAUUCGAAAAUAAUUCUCCGACUAUUUGAGUUUGAUUCGUGUGACCAGUCAAAGAUCAUACUUUCUUUGGAAAACGCAGGGCAGCACGUCGCACUGCAUGAUCUUAAUCCAGAGCCUGGCUGCAUUGGCCAAAUAAACACCAAGAUGUCGCCCAUUGCUGUUGCUCAUGCUGCAAGUGAGGAUGCCAGGUUCAUCUGCAUGCGCCAGUACGGGUGUGCCCCCGAUGUCACCAUCUAUGGAGAUCCAGACUUCACCUUCCCGUGAGUUUUCCCCCUGAUAUUCACCUUCCUGCGAGGUUUUUUAUUUCUUACGUUUUCCUAAUUGGGUUUUUUCAUAAUAUUUUAUUUCCUUUCCCUAAGCUAGCAAUUAUUAUUAAUCUAUUUGUAUUAAUGAUUCUCUCUUUCUCUCCAUUCCAGGUACGUUCCUUCUCAUUUGCAUCUCAUGGUGUUUGAGCUAGUGAAGAACUCCCUGCGUGCAGUUCAGGAACGAUACAUGAAUUCUGAUAAGGAUGCGCCUCCAGUUAGGAUUAUAGUCGCUGAUGGCAUAGAAGAUGUCACAAUAAAGGUUCACUUUUUUUUCACCCUAAUCAUCUGGUAGCAAUAUUUCAUGGUAGAAAUAAUCUUUAUUCCAACUUGUAAUAACAUCCAUUUAUGGUAAAACUUCAUGGGCUAAAUUUUUCAGGGGAUUAUUUUCUCAUAUGAAUCGUGAAUUCAUGAUUUGAAAUUUUGUAUUUCUGCCGAAAACUAGAAUCAUGAAUGAACUUGGUAAUCUAUUCCAAUAGUGAUUCGUCCUGAGAAACAACAUUUAUUUCCUAUUUUAACCCCAUGGAAAUUUAUUAUGCCAAUUUUUUUUAUUUGCAGAGAAUAUUGCAGAUAAGAUAAAUAUGCUGAACUUUUGGUUUCUAUUGAACAUAAAUUUAAUUUGAAUGCAGAUCUCAGACGAAGGCGGAGGUAUUCCGAGAAGUGGGCUUCCUAAGAUCUUCACAUAUCUUUACAGCACAGCGAAAGACCCGGUGGAUGAGGAUUCCAACACUGGGAGUUCAAUAAUUAUGGCAGGCUAUGGCUGCGGGCUUCCCAUCAGCCGUCUCUAUGCCCGGUAUUUUGGGGGCGAUCUGCAGAUCAUCUCCAUGGAAGGAUACGGUGCGUAGAACUUACCAGAAAUAGAUACAUAUCUCAGCAUUCAUAUAAGCCUGUUAAUUGAUUACAUGAAGAUCAACAUGUUCUGAUGAUUCUCAAGCUUCGGAUUCAUAGUUUUGAGCGAGCUCAAGAAAAAUAAAUAAAUAAAUACUUUCAGAGUAAAAAAACUGGAACCCAGAGGAAAACUAUAUUCUCAAUAAAGUCAAGAAAAAAUAGGUUUAUUCAGUUCAAGAAUGCAAAAAUUAUGGUGAUGGAUAUUCAGGAUUUGCGAUGUUUUGGGAUUUUUGUGCCGACUGUGGUUCAUCAUAAUGGUACAAGCCGUAAAUAUCGGAUGCUAGUAGGCCCACCACACCCCUGGCCUGGCCCGGGCCCACCAGGAUAUUCAGUGAUGAGUGUGGGCUUAUCUUGUAUUGUUGUGUCAUAGAAUCACAUGCUGGUAGCCCACUUUCCGGGCUUUUUCUGCGGGCCCGGCCCGUUUUUAUCCAUCCUGAUUAUUUAAACACCACUCAUCCUUGCAGGAACUGAUGCCUACCUUCACUUGUCCCGGCUGGGGGACUCGCAAGAGCCACUCCCAUGA